AUGGCUUCGGGAGCGUGGACUCUGGAAGAACUCACCGUAUCCGACGUUUUUGCCCCUCAAACGGCGGAAAAUCUUGAACUGUCUGAGCCGUUUCCUCCCAAGCAGGCGGAACAGAUCGCACCACAUGACAAUGGAGGUUCAAGCACCGGGUUCCGGAUGACGGCGGAAGUCAGCCCAACUCGGAACCGUGGGAAGGGCUUAAACUUGGGAAACAAUGGAAAUGCGACCCAAGCCGUAGGAAAUUCCAAGAAGAAAAAGAAGAAUAAAAGGCGUCAGAAUCCAGGAGUUCCUCCAGAGCCGUUUAUUCCUUCAUCCACUGCCAAGUGCUCCAGCACGGAUCCCUCCAUCAUGUCUAAAGGAUUUUCCCCGCGGCUCCUCCCGCUUCAUGGUCCUGGAAAAAGCCCAGCGCUCCGGCCUACUACGCCAAACGGAGGAAUCAGCGCGCUGAAAAUGCAGCUAGAUGCGCUCAAUCUCACCAAGUGUCAGCCGCCAUCAAGCAAUGCAAGUGUUUUGGGUUCCGAAACUGAAACCAGCUGCGCCAAUCAUGAAAAGCUAUACCUCAUCCUGGAGUAUGCGCAGGGCGGCGAGUUAUUUACUCAUCUAGCCAUGGAACGCAUGUUCACUGAAGAUGUUGCAGCGUUUUAUAUGGCGGAGCUAGUCCUUGCUCUUGAACACCUUCACCACAAUAUCGGCGUAAUCUAUCGUGACCUGAAGCCGGAGAAUUGCCUUUUGGACACAGAAGGCCAUCUUCUCCUUACAGAUUUCGGGCUUAGCAAGGUAGCCUUGAACGGUGAAGACCGUUGCAAUUCGUCUCUGGGUACUGUUGAGUACAUGGCACCGGAAGUCAUCCAAGGCAAGCCAUACGGCAAAGCAUGCGACUGGUGGUCCCUUGGUGCCCUCGGUUUUGAUCUCUUGACUGGAUCUCCUCCCUUUAAAGGGAAUAACAACGCAAGAAUUUCAGAAAAGAUCAUUAAGCAGAAGCUAGUUCUUCCAUAUUUUCUUGGCCCGGAUGCGAAAGACUUGCUUACUCGUCUACUUCGCAAGGAACCAAACAAGCGCCUUGGUUCCAACAUGCCCAAGGAUAUCAACACCAUCAAAAACCACCGUUUUUUCCGCAAAAUCGACUGGAAAGCUCUCGAGAGGCGUGAACUCGACCCACCAAUUCGACCUGUAGUCACAGAUCCCGCACUAGCCGAAAACUUUUCGGCAGAUUUCACGACUUUGCCUCUCAGUCCAGUCGUGACAAGUAAAGGUGGUUUCCGGGACAGACUGAGCAAGGCUGAGGAAGGAUUCAGUGCUGGCGGCCCAACCUAUCCAAGGCCCAUGGAGUCUAAUGCCGCAAUUCAUGAUGACCCAUUUGGUGGAUUCAGCUUUGUUGCUCCGAGCAGCCUGCUUGAUAGUGAAUAUAACUGCGGAAGGGGGUGCAUGGCUUGA